CCAGAGGAAGGAUUUCUGCCUAGUAAUGUACUCCGAAUAUUGUGCGGCUGUAUUGAGAUAGGAAAUCGAAUGUAUGACAUUUGUCAGGAUAGCCUUCCCAGCAGAUAUCUGUCUGUUCAAGAAGCUGCUACUCUCGUAUCCUUCUCUAAUGUGCAUGUGUCUGUAGCAGAGCCCUUACCAGUAAGAUUGGAAGAUGUUCACGAGUUGUCCACCUUGUGUGGGCAGUUACGUAAAUUGACCGACGAUAAAACCUACUUUUUAAAUAUUGUAAUUAACGAGAAGACCUCUUUGUUUGUGCUUACUCUACCGAAUAUCAUGUAUAUUGACACACAUCUUCACGGAUCCAGUGGUGCUGUCAUAGUAAAAGGCUCCACAUUGAAUUUAAGUGACUUCUGUAAGUUUGUGUGGGCUUUGGAAGAACAUGACCAAAGUACUUUUGGGAACCUUAGCGCUUUGACGUUUCCUUAAAGGGGAAGUAUCAUGAGCUGCCCAUCUGAAAACUUGUUGGUGGAAUUCGGUC